AUGUAUAUGAUUAUUAAUGCAGAUGAUUUUGGUUAUUGUCCAAAACGAGAUAAAGCAAUUAUUGAUUUAUUUAAACAAAAAUCUAUUACAUCAACAAGUCUUCUUGUUAAUGGUGAUAAUGCUUAUCAAGCAUGUUUAUAUGCAAAACAAUAUAAUCUUCCAAUGGGUAUUCAUUUUAAUUUAACUGAAGGUCGACCUAUAACAAAUGAUUUAUUAAAAAUAAAAUCUUUAGUUAAUUCAAAUGGUAUAAUGCAUGGAAAAUUUGGUUUACGUUAUGAAUUAGAUCAAGGUAAUAUUCAACAAGAACAUAUUGAAUAUGAAUUAAUAAAUCAAUUAAAUAAAUAUAAAGAAUUAACAAAUGGUCAAUUACCAAAACAUAUUGAUGGACAUCAACAUAUACAUGUACAUCCAAUGAUUGUUGAAAUAAUUGCACGAUUAGCUAAAUUAUAUGAAAUAAAUUAUAUACGUACACCAUAUGAUCAAAUGAUUAUAACAUAUGAUAUAGAUAAUUUAUUUUAUAAAAAUAUAAUUGAUCAAACAAAAUUAGCUAUGAAAAUUUUUAAUAAAUAUUCAAUUUUAUAUACAAAAUAUUUUUUUGGCAUAACAAUAAUGGAAAAAAAAAUAUUUUAA